AUGAAGGUGCAGUCCUCUCAACGGCCAGCAGAAGUGUGCUACUCGACUGAGCGCUUGUGCGGCUCGCUCGCUCAACAUUAUUGCGUCGUCGGCCGCAGAAGGCUGAGUCGCACAGAACGACACUGCCCCGGCGCCCAGACAAUGUCCAGAAUCGCUUUGCAAUACACAGUGCGCAGCACCUUGACACCCGCGGGCACGCCUUGUGAGGGGACGCAUCCGAGUGGUCAGGCUUCCGCACCAAGAACCUGUUCCGUUCACCUCCCGCACACCAUCAUCCGCAUCCCUUCUUCGACCCCCUCCGCUUCUCUCGAACGCCGUCCAACAAACCCCGAACGGCGCACAAUGAUGCCGCGCACUCAUGGCACGCGCACUCUGCAAGGUAGGCACGGCAGGGGCAGCGCCCGUGCUACCACGUCGGUAGUUGAUAACCCUGAACCAGAGUCACCCGAGCUCAGCUCCGUUCCGACCUCGGAUGCAGAAGAAGGGGCAGAAGCAGCUCCACCUCAACCUAGCACGCCUCAAACAUCUGUCGCUGGUGGGCAUGAGGACCGUGGCUGGUCGACAAAUCGCUCCGCCGACUCCAGACCGCUCGACAUCUCGCAAGCAGAGAUGGACUUGGCAUUAGCCCUCGAGACCAUCGACAGGUACGAUGACUCGGUCCUGCCUGCUCGAGCUCCCCGACCUACAAGCGAGAAUGGUCUGGUCUUGCUUCGUUAUGAACUUUUUGGCUCUCUCGAACCUACUGACGGCCAACCCUUGUGGUCGUUCAUCUGCGAGAACUGGCCGUACGGCUCCCCGGAUCGGGCGAUCAACGACAUCUUCCAGCGCGCUCUCACGCUCAAAGUUCAGAAAGACACGAGCAAAGCUGGGAAGAAGGAUGAAGUAAACUAUUGCUUGAUCGAGACGACGCUUCGACGACUGGGGUUCCGCCUCAAAGACCUCGUACACGUCAUGCUGACGUUCAAAGUGGCGUUCUUGGUGAUGCUCGCCGUUAAUCUCCGCCGUUCUGGUUUUGGCACGAUUUCGAGGAACUACAAGCACACAUCCGUCAGCUCAGCUCGGAUCCACGGCGUCCUCAAAACCAAUCCCGUUAUCCGAGCUUGGAUGGAACCUUCAGCAGGUCUCUACAACGACCUCUACGAAGCCACUUCUCAUGCUUUCGCCGAAGGUAUCACAGACGUCGCCGUCGAGUUCGCAAAGCAGCGUUUCCCGGGCGCCACUAAUCUUCCCCCUGGAUCGGCGAAGCUUUUCUACCUUCGCCAACUCGCCAAGGAAAGGCACACGGCGUUUGUCGAGAUAGCCAUCGACGCUGUGAUGCAGCAAUUUUGGGAGAAAGCUUUUUCGACGUGGCUCUCAAGCUCGAAGCAAUCUCUUGCCACAACAAAGUCGCAAUGGGAGGAUCUGCGCACUCGAUGUGUCAAGCAGCACCUCCCACUCAUCGAGGACGAUGACGCUCAGCACGAGGAAGGCUUCUGGCUGCCAAGAUUCGAAGUCGGCAUGGCCUCUGCGCCAGAGAGCCUCAUCGACGCUGGGCAAGAUUACGGUGCAGAUCUCAACGAAUGCCGCAUGCAGCUUCAAGAGGCUGCACACGCGGAGAAGGCUCGCAAGCCAAGAUCUCGAAACGAAAGCAAAGAUCCGGCCAGAGCCAAGCGUCGAAGGCUGAACCAGCCUCAAGCCGAGUUCGACGAGCUUGAUUUGUCUUCUUCCGACGAAGAAGCAAUGACGCCAGCUGAUCAGUAG